UCUUCCCCUCUCCCCAGGUUCGGCUCUCCGCUGGGUCCGGUUCCACGUGCCCACCAUGGUCGAGCGCGGGGAAGACGUCACCUUGACCUGCGAAUUUGACCUCGCCGGAGAGAAGUUGUACUCGGUCAAGUGGUACAAAGCAGGGAGGGAGUUCUAUCGCUACGUUCCCGCUGACUGGCCCUCCAAGCAGGACUUCGAGCAGAAAGGGGUUAUCGUUGAUACCGACAGGAGCGACUCGCAGAAGGUGGCGCUGAAGGGCAUCACCGUGGACAGCUCCGGGAGGUACAAGUGCGAGGUCCUGACGGAGGCGCCGCAGUUCAAGACGCUUGUCAGGUCCGGUUUCCUCACCGUCUUCGAGCUUCCCGAGGGCCGGCCGGAGGUGGUGGGCGGGCAGCCUCAGUACCGCCCAGGCGACACCGUCAACCUCACCUGCCACGCCCCCAAAUCCAUCCCGCCCGCGAACCUCACCUGGUAUAUCAACGAGAAGGAGGCGCCGCCGAACCUCCUGGUGCCCUACCGGACGCCCAUGGACGUGGACGGGCGCGCCUCCUCCCGCCUCGGCCUCCGCUUCAAGGCGCAGCAGCUGUACUUCCCCGACGGGCGCGUGAGGCUCCGGUGCGUGGCGUCCAUCCCGAGGGGCGAGCGAGGGGACGAGAAGCCGCUCUACGCCCAGGACGCCCACCACGAGGGCGUGGUCGUGCCGCCCGACCCCCUCAGCCUCGGCCACGACGCCGGCAGUGCCCUUGGUCUUCACUGGAGCGGCGGAGGGCAGAUGCGUGUCCUAUUGAGCAUUCUGGUGUCCUGUGUGAUGACCCGCGUCCUCGGCCUCCCAAACUCUUCCCUUAGUUAAUUUCUCAGGUGUCUGACGAAGGCGGGACAGGUAAUCUACUCGCCAGGGGGGGGGGGGAUUUUGAAUAGCGUGAUGUAUUGGUUGCGUAUUGGACGGAGGGAAGGGGAAGAGGGGGGGGGGGGGGUGAGGAAGAGGAGGAGAAAGAGGGAGGAAAAAGUAAGAACAGAAAAAAGGGGAACCAAGAGGGGAUAGACGAUACGACGAGAGAAGAUGGAAAGUGGGAAAAAAAUGGGAAGGAAAAGAGUGAAAAGAAGAAGCAGGCAAGAAUGGAGAGAGGAAGAGGAAGAAGAAAACAACAAAAAUACAACAACAACAACAAAGAAAACAAGAAAACAAAAAAAGGGCAUCAAAGAAACAGGUGCCAAAAAAAAAAAAAAAAUCUCCAUACACCACAACAACUGCGUCGCUUUUCGAAAAAAAAAGUCAUAGCUGUGUAUCUUGAUGAGGUUUCCGCCUGAUUUGAGGUUUCCCCUUUUGCCUCCAUUAAGCUGGACUGUGGCUACAAGACGCAGCGACAAGCCAAAUGUUGAACCUCUCCCGGAUAUGUUUGUAAUGUUGUUUAUCAUGUAUGUUACCAAAGGUUCUGGUGGUAAACAGAAUGUAUACAUGCUUACGUACAUGUGUAUAUAUAUGCACACAUAUACGAAAUAUACACAAAGACACACAAACACACACACACAUACACACACACACAAAACACAAACACACA